AUGGAUGUGAGCGGGAACGGGUUAUUGAUGCCUCGUAACCUGCAAGUUCGUCGUAGCGACGGUAGGGUGUUGUCUGUACGUAUCCGCGAGGCAUCAUUGGGUGAAGAAGCGAACCUGCACUUCGGUAAGCUAGAGGCUGCAGUCGCUUGCCCGGUGGCAGGUGUUCAUGAGGCGUCCAGCUGGACACGUGAGCCAGUAUGCAGAACAAAUCGGCAGUCGAGCAACAAUGUCGACCACGAGGUGUCACAAUCUGGGCUGAGCCUGGCUGAUAAAGCUGCUACAGUCAACGGGAUGCUCUGGUCAGACGCGCAUGCUCCCAAAGCGUAUACCGAGUUGCUCGGCGAUGAUCGAAUGCACCGGGAGUUGUUGCGCUGGCUGGUCAGCUGGUCGCAGUAUCGGGACGUACGCAGCACCUCGGGAGCAUCCUUUCGGAACGGGACCGGUGCUUGUCGUCGGUUCACCGCGCCGUUGACACCCUUAGCGGUGUUGGCCGGUCCGCCCGCAUCCUGCAAAACGGCGUGUGUGCGUGUUCUCGCUGAGCGGGCUGGUCUGGAAAUGUGGGAGCCCCAUAUGCUGUUUAGAGACGGGUUGAACUGUGCAGAAAAUCGAUUUGCAGAGGUACUCGGGAGUGCUUCGCUACGAACAGGGCGACCAAGGCUGGUAGUUGUCGACGAGGGCGUUUUACCCGCAGAAGCCUUUGCCUCUCUGAAACGAAGCGCCGGGAACGCUUCCGCCAACACCAUCCACUGGUCGGAUGUUCUUGUUCGCGUAGCGCUCACGUUGAAAAGCGUACCUGUUCUCUUCGUUCUCGACGAUGCUCACUGCCGUGAGGCCCGCAUCCUCCGUGCGCAGGGAGCUGUCAUUUUCACUUGCAGCCGCCCCGGUUUGCAGCCGCUCAAGAGACGUCUAGAGCAGGUUACGCGUCACUGUGGCUUGAAAUUCGCCGAAUCCGCCUUUCUUGAGCAUCUUGCACUGGCACUUAACUGCGAUAUUCGAGCAUGCCUGAACCAACUCCAGCUUAUUGGUGCCUGUCAAUGGUCUGAUGGCCUGUGGUCCACCAUUGGCCUGCGUGAUGCACCGGGGCCUCUGCGAGAGCAAUGCUCGCAAAUAUUCCGGGUGAGCGCGCGUCCAGCGUCCUAUAUGGUUCAGACGGGAGCCGGUGGCGUUCGUAACCGAGCGACCGGAACUGCGUCCGACGAUUCUGAACGGGAUAUUCCGCACCGACCAGCGUUCGGGGCAUCUCAGAGCCCAGAUCUCUGGAAACGACAGCAUUUUCUCAGCGGUGAAAUUCGCGAUUAUCUCGACAUGUGUUUCGAGAACUAUCUGGCGGUGGUGCCCUUCGAUCCGCUGAUGCGUCGCUGCAGCGCUGCAGUCGACUGGCACAGUUGUAUCGAUUCGAUGAUCCACAACGAGCUGGUGGACUCGAUGGUGCUGGAAACGCUCGGCCUUGCUGCCCUGCAAUCGUACCGUUACCAUUGCGGGCGAUCGACUGCACCCGUACCACACUCGCUCAAACUGGCCCGUUUCGGGUGCCUCGACGCCAACUCCCCGAUGCAUACGCGAAACCGCGACAUCAUAGAGCGAUAUCGACAGGCGCUUAUCGAAGAUUCAAGCAACGCUUCUGUACGGCAAGCAUAUGCGCUAUCUCUGCGGCGCGAGGGCGUUCUCGUUUUCAUACCGUUGCUUGUUGUCACGAUGCAAGCGAUCGUGGAAGCGACAGUCGCGGAAAAAGGCGCACGGCGCGCGGAGCUGCUCCGGCACCUAGGAAAGCAACUGUCGAGCUACGCGCUACGUUGGGCGGCGGAUGACGAUUCGCAGGCCAACAUUGCACCAGAAGCGCCAUCAGGUGCUCGCCGGUGGAAUGCUCUUCCGCUUGAACCAGCGAUCGCUGACCUAUGCAUCAUGCAAAGCGCUUCGUAUCCGGAAUGCAAACGGGAAGGCGUGCGAGCGCUUCAACGACAGUUCGGCGUGCUACUCAGGAACUGCGCUGGGCAACGGGUGCGGUCCGCUCGGAACGUCGCACUGCGCGGAAACGCACUCCACCACCACGCUGCGCAUCCUCUGAGUUUACCGGUGAAACGCGACGCUAGGAUAUCGGAGCUUCGAUCGCAUUCAGAUGGCAUCCAGUGCAUCGUCCGUUACCAGUAUCGCGAAGGGCACACGAACGCGGUCUUGCGUCCGUGUCUGAUCGAGGAUUUGCUAUAA